CGGAAGUGAAAGCACACUGAACGGAGCAGUUGACAUUAGGUCGAUACACACAGUAACCAUGUGGAUUAGUGUGGCGAUUAUUUGUGUGGCUUUGGUCAUAUUUAUAUUGAAAUAUGUCUUCGGCAGCUCCGGGCCCAAUCCGUUUGAGACGGACACCCGUGAACCGCUGAAAAAAAUGGUUCACGACAUGAAAGAGAAGAAAAAAGUGCUGAAACAAGGUUUUCUGGAAAGUAAAGUACCUGAAAACCUGGAUGCCAUCAUCAUCGGCAGUGGGAUUGGUGGGCUUGGACUUGCGGUGCUUCUGGCCAAAGUUGGAAAGAAAGUCCUGGUUCUGGAGCAGCAUGAUCGGGCCGGAGGAUGCUGCCACACCUUCACUGAGAAGGGCUUUGAGUUUGAUGUUGGAAUCCACUACAUCGGCGACCUGUUGGAGCACAAGCCGUUCCGCUGCAUGCUGGACCAGAUGACCAAUGGACAGCUGCAGUGGGAGCCUCUGGAAAAUCCGUUUGACCAGGUUGUACUGGGACCGCCAGAAAACCGCCGUCAGUACCCCAUCUACAGCGGCAGGAACCGUUUCCCCGAUGAGCUGAAGAAGUGCUUCCCUGGAGAGGAGAAGGCCAUUGAUGAGUACAUGAAGCUGGUCAAGAAAGCCGGACGAGGCAUUUGGCUCCUCGCUGUGCUGAAGCUCUGCCCCGUCCCCUUGGCUAAGUUCCUGGUCUACACCGGCUUAGUCAAACAUCUGUCUUUCUUCUUCAAAAUUGCCCCUCGCAGCCUGACAGAAGUGGUCAAUGAACUAACAGAGAACAAGGACCUCAGGGCUGUCUUCACCUACAUCUUUGGCACCUACGGUAACAUGCCAAAAGACUCCAGUUUUGCCAUGCACAGUUUGCUGGUCACUCACUACCUGAAUGGGGCCUGGUACCCUAAAGGCGGAGCCAGUGAAAUUGCCUACCACAUGAUCCCCAUUAUCGAGAAGGCGGGGGGUGCUGUUCUAGUUCGCGCCCCUGUCAACCGUAUCUUGUUCAAUGACGCCAAGGAAGCUUAUGGUGUGAGUGUUAUGAAAGGUCAAGAGGAAAUACACAUCCGUGCCCCUAUGGUCAUCUCUAACGCUGGCAUCUUCAACACCUACCAGAAGCUGCUGCCCACAGAACUCCAGGCCAUGCCAGCUAUCCAGAAGCAGCUGAACUUGAUGAAGAACGGUGAAGGUGGCCUGAGUAUCUUCCUGGGCCUGGAUGGAACAAAGGAGGAACUGGGCCUGAAAGCUGACAACUACUGGAUCUUUACCGAGAACAAUUUUGAUGAGCUAGUGGAAAAUUAUAUAAAUGGAAAGAGGGAAGAGUCUGCUAAAAGUGUGCCUCUCCUGUUCGUCGCUUCUCCAUCAGCUAAGGAUUCAACCUGGCAGGAAAGAUCACCAGGCAAGUCCACCUUGAGUCUGGUCAGUUUUGCCAAGUACGAGUGGUUCGAGGAUUGGAAGGAUGGCAAAGUGACAAACAGAGGGCCUGACUACAAAGAGCUGAAACAGAUUUUCAUUGACUCUAUUGUGGAUGUGGUCAUGGAUGUUUUCCCCAAGAUCACCAGAGACAAGAUUGAGUACAUCGACGCUGGAACCCCCAUCACAAACACGCACUACAUCGGAGCCCCCAAAGGUGAGAUCUAUGGAGCGGAUCACGGCAUCGCCCGGUUCAGCCCUGAACUCAACGCUACAGUGAGACCUCAGACUCCGUUGAAGAACCUCUACCUGACAGGUCAGGAUGUGUUUGUAUGCGGCUUCGCUGGCGCCCUGGCCGGAGCCCUCACCUGCGGCUCGGUCAUUCUCAACCGCAACCUCCAUCUGGAUGCCAUCGCCUUGGCGAAGAAAAUGAGAUUUGUUAACAGCAAAUUGAAAGGGGAGUAGAUGCAUGCAUACAGUAAUAUGCAAUAAUAUUUAAAACACUGCGUUAGGAGGCUUUAAGUGGCUCAGCACAAAGAGCGCCUUGUGGUGGUUUAAUGCACACAUCUCAUCUAAAAAAAUUUAAAAAUGCCAAAGUGGAAAGAUUAAUUUUACACACCAACACUGUCUCUAUUUUGAAAUAUGCAUACCUACACUAAUUCAUGUUUGCCUACUUGAGGUUUGGUGAAAUAGGGGUAACAUAAGAUGUGGGAUGUUACAUGUCUGAGUAAUGAGGCUGCUGAGGUUUAAGUAGUCAACCUGUACUUAUCCAAACUAACGUGACCUCAACUGUUGAUGUAAAUGCUUUUGUAAAAAUUCACAUUCACCAUGUGUGCCAUUUUAUCCCAAACAUCUAAGUCUGUGCCUAAUUAUGCUAUGUGUUUGGUUUACUGAUAAUGUAGUAACAGGUUUUAAAGGCUGCUUCCUUUUUAUAUUAAAACAUACGAACAAAAAAUUGGUUGCUGUUUGGUCU